ACAGCGCUUAUGGAAGCCUAGCGGCACGAUAUGUAAUUGCCAAAAUUGGGAAUCGGAAUGAUGGCGGAUUACAAGCAUAACAGAAGAGUUUUCAGCGAAGACGGAGGGCCGCAAGAGGAGGAAGGCAGAGUGAAAACUAAGCCUGUGUCUUGUAGUACUGCGGGAGGAGAGGGGAACGCAGUCAAACGCACAUCCCAGCAUCUCACAUCUGACGACGAGGAUGAGUCCUCCUCAGGCCCACCAGCACCCCCCAAAGUCUCCAAGAUCGGCUUCAGCAUGGGAAGCCAGAUGAGCAAGAAAUCCAACCCAAUUUCUAUCAAACUUGGAGCAUCAAAACCAAAAGAGCCGGCACCAUCCGUUCCUCCAAAAAAGGCAGCAAUGGCGUCUGUUUUUAAUGAGGAUGAUGAUAGUGAACCUGAGGAGAUGCCGCCCGAGGCAAAGAUGAGAAUGAAGAACAUUGGGAGGGAGACACCUACAUCUGCGGGACCCAAUUCUUUCAACAAGGGAAAGCAGGGCUUCUCUGAUCAUCAAAAACUUUGGGAGAGGAAGAUAAAGGCCCAAGCAGACAAAUUGUAAAGCUACAACAGUUCUUGUCACUAAUGAAGGUUUUUGUAUAGUUUAAACAGAGAUAUCUUUGAAAGCUUGAAUAAUUUUUCACUGCUGCAAUGAAGAAUACUUUUGGCCUACCACGAUACUCUGUGGCUGGAGUUAUGUCUAUGUUCCCAACCACUACAGACUGAUGCCAAGAAGAAAGUUAGGGAGAUGGGACAAACAUAAACUAAUACAGUCAGAAUAUUGUUUCAACUGUUAAAUUCGCUGCAGUAUCCUAAUGUUGGCUAACGGGGAAAUCUGACUUGUUAGAGGCCUCAUGCCCUUUUAUAAGACGUGGUUGUUUCUGCCUGAAGCUAGCUAGGUGUGGGCCUGAGCAAGCUGACCGGGUUGAUCAUCUAAUCUUAAUGUAAAAAUGUACAGAGUGUGAUACUGUUUGACUUUUUAAAUCCAUAUAUGAGGAGUGUGUGUUUGAGUGCAUUGUCAAUGCUCACGUGUAUGUGUGGGGCAUAGAUUAGACAAACAUUUGACUUUUCAAAUAGUUUCACCACAUCAUUGUCCAACCCUUUGUUUUCACCUGCUGUGCCACAUCCUAGGCAGACUUGUCAGACUUUUUUAUGUUUUGUUUUUGUUGGUUUGAGCCUUGUGCCAGUAGCUUCUGUUUUGGCAAGCAAUCUGGGCUUGAUGAUAUUUUAAUUUAAUAUUUUUUUUUACAAUGGAAGAACACUGUUUUUUUUUUUAUUUGAAAACUGUUUAAAGACCAGAAUGAUUCAGCCAUGACAAAGAUUAAAGGGUGCUGGUAACAGUCUUCUUAAAUUAUUUUUUGGGGGGUAACAAUUAGGCAAUACUUCAUGCUGUUUUUAUUUUUAUGUCUCCAGCAGAAACCUCCCUCUUCAGAAAUACCCCCUUGAGUUUUUGUGGCACCUUAGUGUUUUUUGUAUUUGUUUAGAUUUUUUGAAGAUUGCCUGGACUACAAUUGUAAGUUUUCAAUUACUCUAUUGUUUAACCAACUUCUGUGUGAAUUUCCUUCCAUGGCUUCACCCUGUUGUAUCAAACACAACUCUCUCAAAAAUAUUUAAAAACGAGUAAUAAAAAUAGAAAAGUGGAUGAUA